GCAACAGCUGUUUCGUGGUGAAAACUGUCUGGUCGCCCUCGUAACAUUUGUUUUACAAAAAACUGGAGCUAAAAUUAAUAAAAUGAAUAAAAUCACGCGUGCCUUUAUAAGUGUCCUGCGCCAGAGCAGUUCCUCCGGUGGGACGAAUACCCUCCUGGGUCGCCAGCUCUCCUACAAGAGUGAUUUAUCGCUGGACAAUCUGUAUCCCAGUUCGAGACUGCAAAUCUACACGCCGCCGCCGCCGCCUCCGGGCAGCAACAACAAGUUCAACGGCUUCAUUCCCAUGGACCAGCUGGAGAUAACCUACAGCCGGAGUUCGGGACCCGGAGGUCAGCACGUGAACACGGUGAACACCAAGGUGGAUGUGCGCUUCAAGUUGGCCCAGGCCGACUGGAUACCCGAACAGACGCGCCAGAAGCUGCUUAAAGUGCUUGCCAACAGGAUCACCAAGGAGGGAUACUUCUAUAUAAAGAGCGACCUCACACGCUCCCAGCAAAUGAACUUGGCCGAUGCCCUGGAAAAGCUGCGCUCCAUCAUUCGUGCCCAGGAGGCCACGGAAGCGGCCCCGCCCAGCGAGGAAACGCUGGAAAAGCUGCGGCGGCGACAGGAGCGAGCAGCCCGCGAACGCCUCCAGCUGAAACGAGGUCGCGCCCAAGUCAAAGCAGAUCGUCAAGGACCCGGCGGCAUAGAUUUGUAGUUGUUAUUGGAAAUUGUUGCACAAAGAUUCACAUUACACAUAUACGCUUAACUAA